AUGACAGAUUCCUCCUCUUUCUUCACCACGACUUCAACAGCACACCCAUUUCCGGUCACCGCCGCUCCAGAGCAGCAAUCGCCGUUGCUGAAUGGCGAUGCCUCCAACGCAAAUCUCGCAGAAGAGGAAGAGUACACCAUCAAAUGUAUAUGCGGAUAUGCUGACGAUGAUGGAAACACUGUCUACUGCGAGAAAUGCGACACUUGGCAACAUAUCGAAUGCUACUACCCCUCGAAGAAGGUACCAGACGAGCACUUCUGCUCAGAUUGCCUUCCCAGGGAGGUCGACGCAAAACGAGCAGCCGAGCGACAACGAAGGCAUCGAGAAGGCCCACUCGAGGGCGGUGACCGGAAGGUCAAACGACCGAACACCAAGACCACGAAGAAAAAGCACAAAGACAGUUCUACGACGGCCGAACAGAUAAAUGGCUGGCACCUCGACCGACACGAUUCGUUAUCGAACGGUAGGGAUCAGCCGCCUCCUGCGAAGAAGCCAAAGACAAGCCAUCGGACGUCAGGUUCUGUGGCCUCAGUCAAUGGCAAUGGCAAUGGUAAUGGCGAGACCAGAAAGCGAGCCUUAUCAAACAUACAUUACCCCAGUCCAUCCAAAUCACCUCCAGAUGCAGCCCGGUACCCUCCAAUACCGUUGUAUACUGCCGAAUUCCUGGAAUUGUACGACCACGACCAGGGCACGACCGACGCGCAAGCGAACGAACACACCAUACCUGCGUUGAAAGAGCUAUCUUCCUGGCGGUCAACGCCUUCACGGAUCGCUGGACCAGGAGAAGCACCAAGCACUCAAGCACCCUUUGUCCAAGCGACAGGGCCGCUCGACGAUUCAACGUAUCCCCUUGUGUCGGUCCAAGAUACUGAGCGCAGAGAUAUCGACAUCGAAGGCAAGUCUCCACGAUGGAAAUACAUCGUCACACAACAAUCGAUUCCAAAAGAUACCGUCGUGGGUGAAAUCCGAGGCGAAGUCGGCAUGCUUGACGAAUACUGCCAGCAGCACUCACAAAACCGAUGGCAGGAGCUUUCACAUCCGGACCCUUUCGUGUUCUUUCAUCCUCACAUGAACAUUUAUGUCGACAGUCGCAAGCAAGAUGGCGACUGGAGACAUUGUUUUGUGUCGAAGGGUGACAUCCCAGCCGGCGUGGAGCUCACAUCGACUUGGUUCCUUCCGAGCUUCAUGACCGACCCUCCAUCAGACCAGGACGACCCGCCUUUUGCUCGCCAGUGCGACUGGGUGAGUCGGGUGUUGGCCAAUUUCGGUGAUUGUGCUUGCAAUAAGGGCGGUGCUUGCCUCUUCUCCCGAUUCGAUCGUCGGACACUUCUCAAAUCCUCUGAUAGUCCAGAGAAGGGCAAGCCAGGGCGCAAAAAGAAGCUAAAAUCGAAGGCUGUCAUGUCUCCAAGAAGCACCGGCCCAAACAGUAGGGCUGGCAGCGAGGCACUGAAGCACGAGGACGAUGAGGCAGAUCAGAGAUCAACGUCUGGGUCCGCCAGCGAACCAAAAAGCAGGGACAUGACUCCCAGUAAUAUUGCUGCACUGGACGCUCCGCCCCUACUGGGAUCACAACUCACUGAUCGCGAGAUAAGGAAAUUGAAAGCGCUAGAACAGCGAGAGCAGGAAAGGAGUAAAACGAAAGAAAAGAAGACGAAAAAGCGUACUAGCGGUGGCUCAAACGUCAACACACCGGUGCCUCAGGGGCACAAGUUGGUCAAUUCUGGUACGGAACAAUAUCCCGGCUCACCCGGCAUGGCUUCAGGCAGCAAAGGCAAGUCGAAUACACCUCGGCAAACACCAUCGAAACCAGUAUACGUGGAGGCCGCUACGCAGACGGAACCUGACGACGUGGAGAUCGAAAUGCCGCCCGCGAAACGCAUGAAGUAUGUCACUCCACAGCAGAGGUUGUUGCGCAAGAUACUUGCGAAUCGUUCGAGGUAUGAGCAGCGUUGCCAAGCGGCCGGUAACUCGCCGAACUCGCAAUCUGGAACGCCUCUGACCAGCCCCGGCCGCGAGGUGGAAAUGCCAGAUUUGGCUACGGCUGUGUCACCAGUCUCUGCCCGCUCUGCUGUACUGCCUUCACCAUCGACAUCGUCUGAAGCAAAUACUGCCAGUCCUGUGGUCUCGCCGACGUAUCCGUUGCCUUCACAGGCAGCGCAUUCGCAGAAGCAAUUCAAGGUACCGGCACCCAAGCUGCAGAUAUUAUCGAUGCCAGCAGUGCCUGCGUUCAACAGUGCGAGUAGUCCAUCAACGGCAGGAACGCCAGGCAAUGUCGUGGCAGCUCAGUCACCAAUGGCACUGCAUGCACCGCUACUGACUCCGACUGCCUCAACGCCAACCCCAAGUCCAGCGCGGAAGAAGCUCAGCUUGGGUGACUACAUGAAAUCCAGACGCAAUACAAGCUCUGGGACGUCAAUGCCUAACGACAAGCCUUCAUCUCCGGAAUCCGAGCGUAAAGUCUCUAGCGAAUCGCCUGCGCCCUCAUUGGAAGCGACCCAUGUGAUACCAGAUGAGUCGAUCAAGCAAGAAGCUGCCAUGAUAAGCAUUCCCGAGGUCGCCGUCGAGGAUACUCCAAUGAAGGAUGUCGAUGAAGAAGCAGAGUACUCUCCGCCGGAAGCCGUUGUUGACGACACUGCACCGUCAAUAGUCGAGCAAGCGGGCAGUAAGCCUGAUCUUCGGGUUGCUGCUGAAAAUCUUGCCGCAGGAUCCACCGAGGUCAACAACGUCCUGGCUCGUCUCGCGCAGAUGCAAGGCCAAGCACAGAACGGGUCGUCCUGA